CACAGGAGCUUCAUCUUCCAGAAGAAGUUUUUCUGGUUCGGAACUGAGCCCGUUGAGAGCAAGGCUUUGACCAGCUAUCUCCGUGGUGAGAAGCAACAAGAUCUUGCCAACAAGAACGUCGCCUGGUCCGCAUCUACCGGAAAGGGUCUCCUGUACUUCAGCAAGAAGGCCACCGACAAGGCUACUCCAGCUGGCAUCUUCAACCUGUCCGAGGUUUCCGAUAUUUCCGAGGAUGGUCCCGUCUCAUUCGUCUUCCAUCUUGGUGGACACAAGCACAUCUUCGAGGCCAGCACAUUGGCAGAGCGCGAUAACUGGGUUUCCGUCUUGAAGGCCAAGUCUGCCGAGGCCAAGGAGCUUGCACCAACUGUCACCGAGUCCGAAGAAUACAAGAAGGCUCACGCUGAUCUCCUCCCCAAGGCCCCUGUUGUCGCCGCUGCUGCUACACCCAAGGAAGUCAAGGAAGAGACUAAGGCUGAGAAGGCCGAAGAAAAGAAGGAGGCUAAAGAAGAAAAGAAAGAGGAGAAGAAGGAAGUUAAGGAAGAGAAGAAGGAGGCUCGUAAGAGUCGAAGUGCAUCCCGCAAGCGCACAUCCAUCUUCGGUAACUUCAACCUUGGUGGCAAGAAGGAGGAGAAGACCGAAGCCCCUAAGGAGGAUGCCGUCGUUGCCCCAACCGAGGAGGCUACCACUGCUGCUCCUGUUGAGCCUGUUGCUGCCCCCGAGACCACCGAGGCCGCCCCUGUUGUUGCUGAGGCUACCCCAGCUUCCCCAACUGAGAAGCCAGCUCCUACCAAGCGCGGAAGCAUCUUUGGAAAUCUGAAGUUCGGCCAGAACAAGGAGAAGAAGACUGAGGCUGAGGCCCCAGCUGUCCCAGCCAAGGAUGCUGAGCCUGUCAGCGAGACUGCUCCAGUGAUUCCUGCCGUCGAGGCUUCUGAGCCACUUGCUACCUCUGUUGCCAGCCCCGCCACUGUCCCAACUGAGACCACUGAGGCUCCCGUCACCAACGGUGAGACCAAGGCUACCGAGGUCCCAACCACCAAGUCCGACAAGCGUAAGAGCUCUCUUCCAUUCUUCACCAAGAAGGAGAAGGUCGCUAGCGAUGAGGAGGGUGAGAAGGUUGAGAAGCCAAAGUCCCCAUCUCCAUUCGCCAAGCUCCGUGGCACCCUCAAGAGCAAGACCUCGCCCAAGGCCGAGAAGGCUGCUGAAAAGCCAGCCGAGCCCGCUGCUGAGGCCCCAGCUGCUUCUGAGCCAACUCCUGCCCCUGAGCCAGUCGUCUCUGAGCCAGAGCCAGUUGUUCCCACCUCCACCCCUCAGGUGACCGCCUCCGCAUAA